CUCGGUGCGAGGAUCCGUUUGAUGCUCACAGCUUGCUUUGGCGCGUUCGGACGCUCGAACCUCGAUUUGUAUUUUUCGAGAAAAGUGUCGUUGAGGACAAUCAGUUGACGCGAGAAUAAGCUGCCCCUACCUGCCCCACUAUGACCGACAAAGACGCUGUGGAGGAGCGGGUUAUCAACGAGGAGUAUAAAAUAUGGAAGAAGAACACUCCUUUCCUGUACGAUCUCGUCAUGACACACGCCUUGGAAUGGCCGUCGCUGACCGCUCAGUGGUUGCCCGACAUAACCAAACCCGAGGGCAAGGAUUAUUCUGUUCAUCGUCUUAUUCUUGGGACUCAUACGUCGGAUGAGCAGAAUCAUCUUCUAAUUGCCUCGGUGCAACUCCCUGGAGAAGAUGCUCAGUUCGACGCCACCCAUUAUGACUCCGAAAAGGGCGAGUUCGGAGGCUUCGGAUCAGUAUCAGGAAAGAUCGAGAUCGAAAUUAAGAUCAAUCACGAGGGGGAAGUGAACCGCGCGCGUUACAUGCCUCAGAAUCCCUGUAUCAUAGCCACAAAAACCCCGUCAAGCGACGUGCUCAUAUUCGAUUACACGAAACAUCCCUCAAAGCCCGACCCCUCUGGGGAGUGCCAGCCAGACCUGAGGCUGCGCGGUCAUCAACGCGAAGGGUACGGUCUCUCCUGGAAUCCGAAUCUCAAUGGACACCUUUUAUCUGCCUCAGAUGAUCACACAAUUUGUUUGUGGGACAUCAAUGCGCCGCCCAGAGACGGUCACGUCGUAGAUGCCAAAAGCAUCUUCACCGGUCAUGUCGCCGUAGUAGAAGAUGUUGCUUGGCACCUUUUGCACGAGAGUCUUUUCGGAUCUGUCGCUGACGACCAAAAGCUCAUGAUAUGGGACACCAGAAAUUCCAAGACAGACAAACCGAGCCACACAGUCGACGCUCACACGGCCGAAGUGAAUUGUCUCUCGUUCAAUCCAUACUCCGAAUACAUUCUAGCUACUGGAUCGGCAGACAAAACUGUAGCUCUCUGGGAUCUUCGAAAUCUGAAGCUAAAACUACAUUCGUUCGAAAGCCACAAGGACGAAAUCUUCCAAGUUCAAUGGUCUCCGCAUAACGAGACCAUUCUCGCAUCUUCCGGUACCGAUCGGAGACUCCACGUGUGGGAUCUGUCGAAGAUUGGUGAGGAACAGAGUGCCGAGGAUGCCGAAGACGGACCCCCAGAGCUCCUCUUCAUACACGGAGGACACACUGCCAAGAUCAGUGACUUCUCGUGGAAUCCCAACGAGCCGUGGGUCAUCUGUUCUGUGUCCGAAGACAACAUCAUGCAAGUUUGGCAGAUGGCUGAAAACAUUUAUAACGACGAUGAGCCCGAUACACCGGCGACUGAGUUGGAGGGCAGCGCGUAAUAUCCUCAGGGAACUGUGAGGCUUCGAGGGUGCCGAAAGCAACGAAUAGCUUCUCAGGCGAUGUAAUAGAACUUAAAUAAACCGAAUCGGCUUCUUAUAUGAAACUCGCAAACAGCA